UUCAUCUUACCCUCAUAUCGCCAAGAAACGAAUGAAGUAGGAGAGGCGGGAAGAGAGAUAGGACUUAGGAAGGGGAAGAAAGUGCCUCUUUUCCUUCGGUUCUAUCUCUAAAUAGUGGCGUCACCUGGCAACGAGUUGCGAAAUAUCACCCGAGCGCCAUCUCUCUGUGAGCUGCCAAGUAACCGCAGGCACCGCAUAUUAGGGGAUCACCGUCGGCAAACCAAACCAUGAAUUGAAAUUGAACCUUGUGUGCGAAUGACCGACUAUCUUUGGUUAUAGUUAUUCGAUAGAUUAUUGACAAUAUUUGUAUAUGGGUCCAUUUUUUUAUAAAUUUGAAAUUAAGGAAUAAAAUAACUAAAAUGAGGUAUGGUCAACUGGUUAUUGGCCCAGCUGGAAGCGGCAAGGUAACCUCAAUCAACUUACUGUUCAAUAAUGCAAAAACAAGCAUCAGAUGAGGGGAGAACCAUAGACAUAAUAAAUUUAGAUCCGGCAGCUGAACAUUUUGAUUACCAACCUUUCGCUGAUAUCAGAGAGCUAAUCACAGUCGAUGAUGCCAUGGAAGAUGAAGAGUUGAAAUUUGGGCCAAAUGGUGGCUUAAUAUUUUGCAUGGAAUUUUUAAUAGAAAAUUUAUCUUGGUUUGAAGAACAGUUGGGAGAUACUGAUAAUGAUUAUAUUAUUUUUGAUUGUCCUGGUCAAUUAGAACUGUACACACACAUGACAGUUAUGAGAGAGCUCAUUAGAACUCUCCAUAAUCUCAAUUUUCAUCUUUGUGUUGUAUUUCUAAUAGAUAGUCAAUUCCUGGUUGAUGCUUCCAAAUUUUUAUCUGGAACAAUGGCUGCUUUAACAGCUAUGAUUAACUUAGAAUUGUCUCAUGUAAAUGUUCUAACUAAAAUGGAUUUAUUAUCAAAAACUGCUCGACAACAGUUAGAUAAAUUUUUAGAACCCAACCCAAGCAAUUUAAUAAGAGAAGAAAAUGAAGAUGAAUAUAGUAAACUUACUCAAGCUAUUGGAAAAGUUAUAGAAGAUUAUAGUUUAGUAAGGUUUCUGCCCCUUAAUAUUAAGGACGAAAAGAGUAUUGCAGAUGUAAAACUAACUAUUGAUAAUAUUAUUCAAUAUGGUGAAGAAGAAGAUGUGAGAAUGAAAGAUUUUGAUGAACCAGAUCCUGAAGAAAAUGAAGCAUAG